CCACGGCCCAAAUAAUUGAGAUUUUGAGAAGAAAGCAGCAAAAACUAGGCAGCUAGCUAUCAUACGUCUGUUCGUUCAGCUUCGUGGCUUUCGAUCCAAUCAUCCAAAUUUGAAGCGCGCCUCAGGACUGACUGAAUUAGAAUUUCUUUUGGAACUGCCAAGGACUUAAUUUAAAGGAAGACCAAAUUGUAUACUCCUUACGAUUCAGACGUAUCAGCUUCCUUUAAUAACCCUGGCUUCUUCCUCCCGAUAUUUCAUAGCUUCUCCGAGUCAUGAUAUAUCUUCCGCCCUCUUCAGCCUCUAAGCAAACUGGUGGCCUUCACCAACAGCACCAAACAAACUGGCGAGCUUCGCCGACUGGAGCUUAGCAGCAAAGAAAGCUCUCAUCCCCUUCACCUCGAUCAAAAAUGCUGGCAAGACAGUGUAGAGCUUCUACUCAUUGGAUUAGGAUUUACUCGGGGAGGAACAUGGAAAUGGGGAGUUUUCUUGGUCCCCUACAGAGUCCAGGGUAUUCCAAGGUUGCUGCAGCUGAGCCUGCCGCAGCCGAUUCCAACCCGAAAAGCUUUGGCAGUAAAUAUGAGCAGGCGAGUGUAAAUAAGAUGUUUUGGGCUAAACCAUCGUCAUUAGAACUGCCCCCUGACUCAUCACAAAGGAUAAUAGAGCCACAGUAUGAGGGUAUCAAGCGUUUCAUCCUCAAAUUGAUGAUGUUUUACAGUAAACAGAGCACAUCCAUUCGAGGGGCAAAUGUUAUUUAUCGCCGCAUUACUCGUCAGGUUGAUGGACCUGCUCUAUAUGAUGUAUUUAGCUUGGAGAAAACAUUUAAAACAACAUUCUCUGUGCUUGUUCUCCAUAUGUGGCUAUGCUUGAGACGAUUGAAAGAAGAUGGAAAGGAUGGGUCUGAGCUGGGGCAGUAUUUGUAUGAGAUAUACAAUCAUGAUCUUGAAAUAAGAGUUUCAAAGGCUGGGGUCAACUUACUCUUGAGUAAAUGGAUGAAGGAAUUGGAGAAGAUAUUUUAUGGAAACAUUGUAGCUUAUGACGCUGCCAUUCUUCCUGAAGCCAAGCAGGAUGAGUUGCAAAAUGUAAUUUGGAGGAAUGUAUACUCUGAUGACGGCACAUUAACACCCGAUGGUCCUGCCUUGCUUCCUGUCCAGGCUAUGUCACGGUAUGUUCGCAGGGAGACCAUGUGUCUUUCAUUGACAGAUAAAGCUGCUUUGUUUUCGGGGAACUUCAUGUUCACCUCAUUGGAUGGAAAACCCACCGGUUCUAUGGGGAAAUAGCAUUCAAAAUAAGACCCACAUCUGAUUCCAGGAUGCAUCUUUGCAAUUCAUAAUGCAUUUUAUGUUCCAGUUGACUACCUAUGAGAAGCAACUUGCUGAAUACUUGGGCAAGAAAUUAAGGCGGCUACCUUUAUGCUGUCGUGAAAAGACAUUCAAC